UACGGUCAUCGUUAGUUAUCGUAAGUUGUCCAUCUCUUCGACACAUGGUAUUUGUUUAUAGGUCAAAUUGGUUAAAAUGCUGGCGCCAAUUAGGCAUUUACUGGCGAAAUACCGCAUUGUUUUGGCCAGCGGAUCCCCAAGAAGGCAGGAACUGGUCAAAAUGUUGGGUCUGAAUGCGGAACUAUGUCCUUCGACAUUUGAAGAGGAUUUGGAACUGGAGGACUUCAAGGAGUUCUCAGAUUACAUAGAGGCCACAGCACUUGGAAAAGCAGAAGAGGUAUUCUCGAGACUCAGUUCCUCGGGGGACCAUAAAAACCUAAUCGUGAUAGCUGCAGAUACGAUGGUGACCUUCGGAAAGGAGAUUUACGGAAAACCCAAGGACUCUGCUGAUGCAAUACGCAUGCUAUCAAAUCUAUCUGGAAACUCAAAUCGCGUUUUUACCGGCGUUGUACUAAAACAUGCCCAUGGAAUACGCAAAUUUACGGACACAGCAGACGUUUACUUCGGUGACCUGCUGCCAGAUCAAAUUCAGAGCUAUGUGGAUUCCGGAGAUCCCCUAGAUAAAGCUGGUGCCUAUGGGGUUCAGGGUCCUGGAGGUGCCCUCAUUCACCGGAUCGACGGCGACUUUUACUGUGUCAUGGGACUACCGCUACACCGCCUGUGCUGUGAAUUAAACAAGCUGUUCCUGGACGAUCUCUCGUAGAUUCUUUUUUAACGCCGCCAUCGCAGCCGAUCAAUCUGCGGUUUAUGCUGCAACAAGCGUCAGAGGCUACACACGCUCUUGCGAUUUUAAUCUUGGCUGAUAAGCGGCUAUAUCUCUCCUACACUGCGGGCUUAUUUGUUCGUUUUUAUAGCUCACGUCAAUUAAAAAUAAAAAUCAACAGCGAGCAAAAAAUCCAUCCAAUGGCCCUUGAGAGAGCACGGCACAGUGGUCUUAUUGCUGCGCACUUUUCCUACAAAACACAAGUUCCGAAUUUUGGUGAAAUGUAAUUUGACUUAGUGACACUUUCGCUUUAAAAAGUUAAUUCCUUGAAUAUAUUAGCUGAAAAGAA